AGCAGGCACUAUAAGAAACUCAGUCCGAGGGAUCUUUCGGGCAAACAGACCGACCUACCUUUAAAGAAAUAGCCUGUCUCAAGUGCUUUUAUUUCUUUCCAAACAAAAAGAUAAGGUAAUAUCUCGGCUGAAUGGCGAAAUUCAGAGAUUGGUAGAAGUCUCAAACGAAAUUUAGUUUCGAUUUAGCCCGCUAGAAGUGCAGACAAAGAAAAUAGAGUCGAAAUGAUUGGAAUUUAUCUACUGAUCGGUGUAGUAUCAUUGCUAUAUGUCUACCUCAAGUGGACAUUUAGCUACUGGGAUCGAAAGGGUUUCCCCUCCACAGGAGUGAGCAUCCCAUUUGGUGCUAUGGCAUCCGUUGCGAAGGGAAAACGAUCUUUCGGACUGGCCGUCUACGAUAUGUACCGAUCGACAAAGGAACCGGUGGUUGGAUUGUAUCUCACCUUGAGACCAGCUCUUCUGAUUAGGGAUGCUCAACUAUCUCGCGAUAUGGUGACCAAGGAUUUUGCCAGUUUUCAUGAUCGCGGAGUUUAUGUCGAUGAGGAAAACGACCCCAUGUCAGCGGGAUUGUUUCAGUUGGAAGGAGCUAGCUGGAGAACUUUACGUGCCAAACUGACGCCUUCUUUUACGUCGGGUAAACUUAAGGCCAUGUUUGAAACCUCCGAUUCCAUUGGAGAUAAGUUAGUAGCCAAUAUUAAGGCUCAACUGCCCCAGGGAGGCAACAAGGAAUUCGAUAUUAAGAAACUAAUGUCAACCUAUGCCAUCGAUAUUAUUGGCUCGACUAUUUUUGGACUUAAUGUUGAUAGCUUCGCCGAUCCUAAUAAUGAGUUUGUGGCUAUUAGCAAGAAGCUCAACCGUAAGACCUUUACGGAUAUUCUUCGUAUAGCAGCACUAUUUCUUUAUCCUGGAUUGGAAAAGUUAUUUGUGAGAAUUGGUUGGAAGGUGGAAGCAGCGGAACUGAUGCGCGAACUAGCUCAUCGAACUGUCGAUUUUAGGGAACAGAACAAUAUAGUUCGCAAGGACUUGCUGCAACUUCUUUUGCAACUUCGCAAUCAGGGAAAGAUCAACACUGAUGAUACUAAUUGGUCAGCGGAGAGUACCAAAAAUGGAGUGAAAUCGAUGUCAAAGGAUGUGAUUGCAGGUCAGCUGUUUCUCUUCUAUGCAGCCGGUUUCGAAACGACAGCGGCUACAGCAUCCUUCACUCUGUACGAGCUUUCUCAAAAUCCAGAAGUCAUGGAAAAGGCGAAGGAGGAUGUGCAUAGAGCUAUAGAAAAUCAAGGCGGAAAGCUGACCUACGAUGCCAUAUCGGAUAUGAAGUAUCUAGAGGCCUGUAUCUUAGAGACCACUCGAAAAUACCCCGCACUUCCAUUCCUGAACAGAAUUUGCACUCAGGAUUAUCCUGUGCCCGAUAGCAAACUAGUAAUCAAGAAGGGCACUCCUGUUUUAAUCUCUCUACUAGGAAUGCAUCUCGAUUCCGAGUAUUUCCCCGAUCCGCUUAGUUAUCAACCAGAACGCUAUCUGGAGGAGAACAAAGACUUUAACCAAGCGGCCUAUAUGCCUUUUGGUGAGGGACCCAGAAUGUGCAUAGGCGCCCGCAUGGGAAAGGUGAAUGUCAAGAUUGCGAUUGCUAAGGUUUUAUCAAAUUUUGAUGUGGAGAUGCGCAAGGAGAAGAGUGAACUUGAAUUCGAUAUUAAUGGAGCCUCGCUCAGGCCCAAGCAUGGAGUUCCCAUACGUCUGUCUCUCAAGAAGUAGAACCAUUCUUAAAUGAAAGCACCAAAACAAAAAAAAAAGAUAAUUUAUUAAUCAAAUUUUUAGACCCGAUAUCAUCUGCCAAAAAACAUGAGACUUUUGUAUGUAUUUGUUGUUAGUUUUUGUAAGUGUUUAUAAAUAAACAAAUAUAUUAAGGGAACGAGUUUA